GUUAGAAGUAGUAAUUUUACGCUCUCAUUGUUUCGAGAUCUAUGGAGGAACCUCAAUACCCCAAAAAAAUAUAAAUAUCAAAUUAAUCAACAUGGGUGUCCCAUGUAAUUACCAGAAGAAGAAGAAAUCUUAUGAAGACGGGGAAAUGAUAAAACAGGCGUUUUACGAAGCUGUAGUGUAGAUGGCGAUACCAGGCAUUUUCCUGUUCUUUCGUAAAAUAUAUAUCAAAGUCCAUUAGAACCAUAUGACAGUAAAUAUCAUGUAGAAAUAGUCUCUAACUUGAGGGAUAACUUCAAAAAUCGUUUGGAUUUCAACGAAAUUGCUAUAGUGGCGCAAUUUAAUUUUAGCGAAGACAUCGCUGCGACAGAAAUGGAAGUGAUUGCGUUUCAAAUGAUUUCGCUUCAAAAUCAUUAG